CGGGAGCUGGCUGGUCUUGCAUGGACCACCCCAAAUCUCCUCCUGCCAUCUCCCGAUGACACCGUCACACAACCUCAAUGUCGUACUAAUCAUUUGUUUUUUUGCAACGAGCAGGACACCUUUGAAGAUGCCGUCGAGUCGGGCGAGACAGGUUCGGUCCGGUCGUUGACCAAGCGACAACCGUCCGUGGUCACGCCCCUCACCGUGGAGGAGGAAACCGAGUCCGACUACGAGGAGCCUCAGUCCCCAGUUGCUCCCGCUCGGCAAUCUGUGCUCAAUGUCGAUGGGCCCGCCGAUGUGGUCGAAAAGCCGGAAUCCCCGACGACGAGCGACCACAGAAUAUCGCGCCGUUUCUCCCGUGUCUCUGAAGCUUCUGCCGGCUCUCUCGACAACGUGAACCUAGACGACGAUUCAACUCCAACGGCCGCCACCCAACUAGCCAAAAUUGCCGCUUCCGUCCCCGCUGCUGCGGCACCAGCAGUAGCUCAGGAGGUUCCCGUCCCGACCAGCCCCGAACCUGCCAUCGCAGAGAAGCCCGCCCCUGCCCCGGAAAAGGCUCACACUGCCAAAACUAUGUCUUUUAGCAGCAUCAGCAUGCCCUGGGAUACUCGGUCAAAGAGCCCCCCGGCUGCGCCGCCCUCGCCAAAUCCUCCUUCGACUGCUGCUCCCGCGCCGACUGGUCGGAAGUUCAACAGCCCCUUUUCAUGGCUUUCGAGAAGCUCGACCAAGGUUGAGACACCUGUGCCACCAGCACCUUCCCCGAGGAGGAAUACGGCUAGCUCGGUCGCCACCAUGACGAGCAAUCCGGAGAUGAUGCUGAGCAAGCUGGACGAGGAUGACGAGACUAGGGCGAUCGGGUCGAGGAACAGCUUGAAGGAUCGGUUCAAGGCGCUGCGGAUGAGGGAAGAGGCUGGGAUUCCUGGUAUGAAUGGGGACGAGGAGAAGCAAGGUGAUGAGGACGGCGAUGCUGAUACUGUUUCGAUCCCGAAACCACCGCCCUCGCCGCUGCCGCAAAGCCCGAACCGGAAUCUGGCUCCGGGCACUGUCUCGGGUGUCAAUGCCGGGCCUUCUGCCAUGACCGACACGCCGGUUGAUUGGGAUCUUUGGCAGGCCGUUGUCUACGAGGGUCCUGCGGCGGUGGCCCGGACGAGUGCCGAGGAGCUGAAUAAGGCGAUUGCUACCGGCAUCCCGAGCGCCAUCCGCGGUGUUAUUUGGCAGGUGCUGGCUCAGAGCAAGAACGAAGAGCUCGAGAUAGUAUAUCGGGAACUUGUUGCUAGGGGCACUGACAAGGAGAUUAAUGGCAUCACCAACGGGAGCACCAAGGACUCGGCCUCGUCUGCCUCGUCGGUCAACUCCGAGGCUGGCUCUACCGGUGGUUCUUCGCCAACCGAUAAGGAGACUGACUCUAUCAAAUCCGCCGCCGCUGCUGCCGAGCGCAGGAAGAAGGAUAAGGAAGAUCUUGCUCAGCUUCAGAAGCUGGAAAAGGUCAUCAGGAGGGAUCUGGGUGCUCGAACAAGCUACUCCAAGUACGCUGCCGCCCAAGGGCUCCAGGAAGGCCUGUUUGGCGUGUGCAAGGCGUAUGCGCUGUUUGACGAGCAGGUUGGGUACGCGCAGGGCAUGAACUUUUUGAUCAUGCCGCUGCUCUUCAACAUGGCCGAGGAGGAGGCCUUUUGCCUGUUGGUCAGGCUGAUGAAUCACUACCAGCUGCGGGAUCUGUUUGUGGCGGACAUGCCGGGGCUGCACCUGAGGCUGUUCCAGUUUGAGAGGCUGCUGGAGGAUCUGGAGCCGGCACUGUACUGCCACUUGCGGAGGAGGGGGAUCACGCCGCACUUGUAUGCCACGCAGUGGUUCUUGACGCUGUUUGCGUACCGCUUCCCGCUGCAGCUGGUGUUGAGGAUUUAUGACUUGAUCCUCUCGGAGGGGCUGAGCGCGAUCUUGAGGUUUGGCAUUGUGCUCAUGCAAAAGAACGCGGCGGCGCUGCUGGGGAUCACGGACAUGAGCGCCCUGACGACGUUUUUGAAGGACAGGCUGUUUGAUUUUUAUAUUGAUGCCACCCCGUCGACGAAUUCGAUUUUGGAGAAUGGUUUCUUUGGGAGCAGCAGCAGCAGUCUGGACAAGGAGGUUUACCGGGCGGAUCAGCUGGUCAGGGAUGCGUGCGAGGUGAAGAUUACGCCCGAGGUGCUGCAGGCUUACAAGGUGGAGUGGGAGGAGAAGACGAGGGCGGAGAAGGAGAGGGAGCAGGAGCUGGAGGGGUUGAGGUCGGCGAAUGCGAGUUAUGCGAGCAGGGUGAGGCGGUUGGAGGAGAGGAUCGAGGCUCAUGAUCGGGAGCAGGCGGAGCUGGCGACGGAUUUGGUCAAGACCAAGGUGGAGAAUGAGGAGUUGAAGGAUGAGAAUGAGAGCUUGAGGGGGCAGGUGAAGGAGUUGAGGAUUGUGAUUGAGAAGCAGCCCGAGGAGCUGGAGCAGGCGUGGGAGUUGGAACGGGGGGAUUUGAUGAAGAGGAAUGAGAAGGUGCACGAGGAGAAUGAGAGGUUGGAGAAGGAGUUGAAGGACUUGGAGGAGGAGCUGGUGGCUACCAAGGUGCAGUAUGCUGAGGUCAAUUCUCAACAUGAGACCCUCAAGCAAAAGUGGAAGGAGUUGAAGAAGCAGUUUGAUAACUAA